UGAAUUUGAAUUGUAUAUUGUCCAGCGCAAUGUUCGAGGUAGACGUUUCUUAAAGUUUUGGGUUGUUGCGUAAUCAUGCUAGUGGUGCGGGCAUUUUGAAAUCAUAUCCUUGAUCUGAUCGUGCAUUUUAUGGGUGUAAAUGGGCGUUUUGUUGAUGAAUCCCAACAAAUGGUAAAAUUAGGUAAGAGGAGCUGGAAGACGCACUUGCUGAAACCACUAUCAUGGACUCCAAAUAGUAAAGCAAAACAAGCAAAUACCUGCUGGGUGCAACUGUCUGGUCAUCAAGGUAGCCUAAUAUCUAAUGGUAAAGGAAGCGUUUUAAAACGUUAUUGCCAAAGUGAAGCCCAAUGUUUACUACAGCUCCAGCUAGAUAUACUCAGAUCAUUUGUCCCUAAAUAUCAAGGUGAAAAGCUGCUCGAUGGUGAACGUUACGUAAAAAUGCAGGAUUUGCUGUACAAUUUUAAAUCACCAUCAAUAAUGGACUGCAAGAUUGGACAACGUACUUUUUCAGAAAGUGAGGUCAUUGGAGACUCUUCAGAAAAUAUUCGAAAAGAUCUCUACUUGAAAAUGAUGUCUACUUCGCCUAAUGCACCGACUGAAAGAGAACAUCGUGAAAAAGGUGUCUCGAAAGUACGCUAUUUGCAGUGGCGUGAUACAAUUAGCUCAACGGCUGAGUAUGGUUUUCGCAUUGAAGCAAUCAAGACUUUUGGUGAAUCCACUCGAAAAGAUUUUCAACACACCCAUACAUGGAAUGAAAUAAUAAAUCACUUUAAAUUAUUCAUACAACACCGUAAAAUAAUUGCUCAAAACUAUUUAAUCCGAUUAUUAAAGUUGAGAACUAUAUUGGAAGUUUCCGAUUUCUUUGCCAAACAUGAGAAAAUUUAAAACUUUCUGGUUAGAUUUUUGAACGGGAUUGUUAAAUAUGAAUUUGUUCUUUGUAAGGAAGACUACAACAUACAUUUUAACACAGCUGGUGUCAAGAAAGGUCACCUAUUCAAAGUUCUUAUAAUGUUAUUUUUAUGCUUCAUUUUCAGUCGCUCUUGCAAAUGUUUCAUUCUGGAGACCUCUUCUUGUCCUGGUACUGAUACAGCAAUAUUAAAUUUUGUGAAUGAAUUACCUAGUUGUAUGUAAAUAAUUAAACUAUUUAUCGGCUCUUCAUUAUUAUUUGUUCAUGAUCAAUCAGGCUAUGCUAAUAUCUGGUUAAUUGAUUUCGCUAAAAUAGCCAGUCCAUCGAACAAUCAAAUUCGUGUAAAUCAUCGUUCUGUAUGGAAACCUGGCAAUUAUGAAGAUGGUUAUUUAAUUGGAAUUGAUAAUUUAGUGAAAUUAUUCGAAGAAAUUAUUCAUGAAUGCCAGUAGUUCCAGAUCUCAUAGAUUAUUCCCUUUUGUUUUUCCGUUUCCAUAUAUUUGCUAGUGUUUAUAUAUAUAUCGGAAGAACAUUACGAUCUAUAUCCGGUUUAUUAUACAAUAUUCACAUUUCCCAUUUUUUACGUUGACUUCAUAGAACUAAUUGAUCUUUCCAUAGAACAACUAUCGUGUUGUGCAUUGACUCAAUAAUAGUGAGCUUUUCCAUUUUGUGUUUGUUUAUUACUCCCCGAUCGUAUCCACUUUUCCCCCACCUUUUAAUGGCAACAGUACAUUACAAAAUAAAUUAAAGCAACAGAUCGCUUGAAAAAAACAUCUUUUUUUUACGUUUUCAUGUUUGUUUUUUAAUUGAUUUACUUGAGAAUCAAAAUUGUCUUCACAAUGUAUGUAAGACAGUUUCAAUAUCUUUUUUUACUUGUGAUUUAGACAUAUUUUUGAUAAAUGAAAUAGUUUUUUGUUCAAAUGUUUUCAUCAUCAAAUGUAUUUCACCACAUCUAUUUUUUUCUAGAAUUAUUUUUUGUUUCUUUGACAUAGUACUAGUAUUCUCAAUAUUGAUUUGUUAUUGUAACAUAAGUUUAUCGAUUUCAAGCACAUUCCAACUAUGCCAAUUUGUACAAUUAUAAAAUGUUGAGUGUUUCAUAUUUUUUCUUCUGAUUCAUGUGUGUUAAUAAGUGAGUGACCUGUGCUGUGUGG